AUGGAGGUCCUGUACAAACAAAUCCUUAAGUGGCCUAGCAAGAUAAAAUCCGAUGCUGACAAGCAAGACAAGAGGAAGUGCUGCCACUUCCACCACGACCACGGCCAUUCGACCGACGACUGCUUCGAUCUAAAAGAAGAGAUCGAGGCCCUCAUCCGCAAUGGGCAUUUACAGGAAUAUGUCAAUAGGAGGGAAGAUCGAAUGGAUCCAAAGGAUGAUAGGCCCAUCAACAAUGAACCUACCAGGGAAAUCUUAACUACCUUUGGUGGGCCCGCCAGAGGAGGAGACUUAAAUCGAUCUCGGAGAGCUCACUCCCAGGGUAUCAGUCACUACAACUCGGAGCAUCAAAUCAAUGCCAUCGAAGGACAGAAAGUGGCACAUGGCAGGCUAACUUUCACCGAAGAAGACGCCAAGGGCAUCCAUCAUCCUUAUGACAAUGCACUGGUAGUGACUAUGAUGACAGCCAACUGUAAGGUAUUUCAGAUAUUAGUGUACACUAGCAACCUGACCGACAUCCUCUUCGCCCAAGCCUUCAACAAGAUGGGUGUCGAAAGAGACUGA